AUGUCGGAUAUCAGGGUCCUGAUCGUGGUCGAUGGCAUCUUUCGAACAGGUGAACAAGAUGCGGGAGACUACACGUUCACCAUCAACCACUUGAUCAAAACACUACGCAGUGACCCGUCCAUCUCGGUCGACACGGCGAACCGCAAUGAUGACACCUUUGGAAGUCCGCCGCCAAACUUCCCCGACCCUUGGACGACUGUCAGCAAAGGCCAGCCCUUCAACUUUGCCACGACCAACCUGUCCGUUUACAAUGAAAUCUGGCUCAUUGGCUACAGCGGGUCCAAUUUAACCCCGAAGAAUCCCAUCUCAUUCAUUUCGGAAGCUGAACUGGCCGCAGUCGCCCGGUUCAUGGACUUCGGCGGCGGUGUCCUCGCCACCGGAGACCACGGCGGCCUAGGCUCGGCUAUGUGUGGUCUCAUACCUCGCGUCAGGACCAUGCGCAAGUGGUUUCUGGCAAACGAGACAGACUCGCGAGUUAAUUUUGUGCCCUCCCAGGCUCGAAACUGGCCGGGCCUCGGGGCCGGCAGGGCGGAUACUCUGCAGCCAAAUGCAAUCCCGAACGUCAUUGGCGACUACAACUUUGACUGCCAGUCUGACGACAAGCCCCAGAAACUGACUCUGGUCUCGGGCACCACGCAUCCUCUGCUCCAGGUCCCGGGGGGCCUUCUUGAUGUGUUUCCGGACCACAUGCACGAGGGAGAAGUGCUCGGCUUCGGCGGCGUGCCGUCGUCGGUGCCUUGGAUCCUGACAGACACGGUGGGCCCAUGGGAAGGCCAGACCUGGGCCGAGUAUCCGCAUUCUGAUGUGGUGAAGCCCAUCGUCCUCGCCACGGGCGAGAUCAUCAAGGACCACAGCACUCCGCUGACCGGGGGAGCCCCCUGUGAAAUGGGCAACUUUAGCGCCGACGGUGACCCGACGAACUCCAACCCUGACGGCGGUAACCAAGUCAUCAACACCCUGUCAGCCUAUGAUGGACAUGCGGCGGGCGUUGGCCGCGUCAUGACCGACUCGUCCUUUCACCACUACAUCGACCUCAACUUGGUCGGCGACCCGUGCAGCUCGAUCCCGGACCGCAACCUCGGCUUCAAGACGGCAGCGGGCCAGCCGCACUUGGCCAAGUUCGAGGCCUUCUUUCUCAACGCAGCGAGGUGGCUGGCUGGCCCACGAGUCGACGCCUGGCUCGCCGUCAGCAAGAAUAGUUUUGGUCUCGACGAGGUCAGCGAGGUAGUCGACAACACGGGCCGGAGCAGGUGGCCGUCGUCCAUCUGGCUCAUCCUGGACGGCAUCUCCCCCGAAAAGGCAGAUGCCGCUCCCACCCCUGUCGUAACGAGCUCCCUAUUGGCACCGGGCAUCGUCGAGGCCACGGUUGGGCCCUACAGAGCCACGAUGCCUGCCCAGACGACGACCCCACAGCGUAUUGCGUACCCCAUUGAAAUCGAUUUCUUCGCCCAGGCCGCCAAGCCAAAGGCGGCCGGCGGUCUCUUCCCUGCCGUGGGAGGUGACGUCACGUACGGGCUGAAAGUUGACGUCGUCAUCGCGGGCCAGCCAUUUUCGGCCGAGGGCGAGAUUGAGCUCGUCGGCGGCGCGGACCCGUACUUCUCCAACGUCGACUACACGGGCAGCGGCGUCUACUACCUGUCCCAAGACCUCCGGGUCUGGUCUGUGACGCCUGGUCUGCUGCCCUCCAACGCCGGAGGCAAGAUCCAAGACCCCUCGGCCCCGGCGAUGCAGGUAGCCAAUGCGCAGGCCCAAGAGACGGCAGCAGGCUACCGGUACGUCCAGGAUGUCCUGGACUGGCUCAACGCAAACUACACGGACCCCAGCAAAGGCGACGUCUUUGAGCUCUUCCCCGACCAAGGCGCCGCACUCAGCUCCUUCUCGUCGGUGCGGCCCAACCAACCAAGCCCCGCCAAUCCCCAGGUCAAGCUGACGACGUACAACUUUGCCGUGGCACGUGUACGCAUCAACGGCGGCUCGACCGGCCCAAAACCGUGCAAGGUCUUCUUCCGCGCCUUCGCCGCCAACUCCCCCGACACUGACUUCCAGCCAUCGACAGCCUACCGUUCCUCCCCGGCCUCGGGACCGCCCGAAAUUCCCCUUCUUGGCACGACGGCGUCGUCGUCGUCGGAUAUCACCACGGUCCCGUUCUUUGCGACCGGUAACCACGACGGCAAUGGCGACUUCCAAAAAAACACCGACUACACGGCCCCGUCGGUCAACAACCGCCCCAUCGGCAACCCCAACAACUCACACGGCGAGGUGAUCUACGCCUACUUCGGCUGCUUCCUCAACGUCUUCCCCACGGCCAACACCAUCCUCGUGCCGCCCGCCCCAACCCCCAUGCCCGUUCUGGCCCUCUUGCCGGGAAGCCACCACUGUCUGGUGGCACAAAUCGCCUACGACGACGCGCCCAUCGACGAUCUGGCGAACGGCAUCACGCUGGGCCCGCAGAACUGCGACAAGCUCGCGCAGCGCAACAUCCAGGUCACGACGGCAAACGACCCUGAAUCGCCAGAGACGCGGCUCGUCCCGCAGGUGUUUGAUGUGCGGCCUAGCCGUGCCCUUUUUGGGAACUCGCCGUGGCAGCAGUUCGCGACGACGCCCGACGAGCUGAUCGUCGAGUGGGGCAGCGUGCCGGCCGGCUGCGAGGCGCGCGUGUACUGGCCCGGCGCCUUGGCCGAGGAGGUCGUGGCGUUGGCGAAUAGAAUGUAUAACCCCAAGACGCAUGGUUUGAGGGCGGCAGGGGGUGACAAGCAUAGUUUCGUGGUCGCGGUGCCCGAGGCCGGCGGAUGGACUUGGAUUCCGGUGCCUCGAGGAGGGGCAGCGACGGGAGCAGGGACGACGACGGCGACGACGACGGCGGCGACGACGAAUCUGGCGGGAUUAUUUACUGUGCAACUGCCCGAGGAUAUUGUUAAGGGACAAGAGUUUGUUGUCACGGUGCGAAGAGUCGCGUCGAGGGUGCCCCCGAGAGAUGAAGAUCCUCCGACACUUAGGGCGGCACAGCACCAUCCGUUACCCGCAACAUCAGAUCAAGUGAUACAAGGAGAAGGGGUAUCGGUCAUCGUCAGCACACCAACAGCAGCAGCAGCAGGAGCAGCAGGAGCAGCAGCAGCAGCAGCAGCAUCAAAAAUAGACGCAACCGUCCCUACCAUCCGCUCGACCAACUGGCGCUACGUCACGGGCGCCUUCGCGGUGCGCAUCCCCGUCUCGGUGCCCGUCGACAUGCUCCCCGCCGAGCGCGACCUGCAGGCCGUGCUGGCGUGGAAGCUGAACGCGCUACCCGCCGGAAGCCGCUGGUUCAAGGUGCUGCAGCGCUAUCUGGGCCACGUGACGGCGCGCGUCGACGGGAUCGGCGGUAAGGACCUGCCGUUCGUGCCGAGUCCGGCCGGGGCGGUGCCGGUGCCGCACCACGGCCAGGGCAAGUACCCCGACAGACACCGUGGCCCGUUUUGCAAGUUCGUGGGCCGGGUCCCUGCCGUGACGUACGGCUCGGGCGGCGAAUUUUUGGGCUUUGUGCAUUGCGAUGAGCAGGGCUGCGAGAGGAGGUUCGAUGGGCCCAGCCGAGGGUUUGAGUUCGUUAUUGGAGAGGCUUGGCGGAGACAGGACAUUGUCGAGGUGGAAACUCCAGAGCAAGACAAGAGCCACUACUACCGCCGCAUGCUGGACCUAUGGAACCGAUAUGUUGAAGACCAUCCCAAUGCCAACGCUUACGAUCUCAUGUCCUUGAAAGACUUUAUGAAAGAUGUUGCAUUCAGUAUCGACGGUGCUGAAGACAACCCUGAUCCAGGGCAAGGGACGGAUGUGACUUUUGGAGUUUUCCUCAACGAAUACGGAAAUGCCGAGUUCGCCGUUCAGCUAGUUCGGGAUGCGAAGGAACGCACGCUCCGCGAAUUCGACAAGCCAUCUCCUCAAUUUACAGGGGCCGACAAGGAGUCGCCCCUUGACGAGGAAGGCCUCGCCAUCAAGAUGGAAUUCGAUGAAGCACUUGCUGCAGAGAAGAUGCAAGAUUUGGACAUUGUUAUCCUUCGGCCACGCGGUUCUGAGAAUGUGGCCCAGAUGGAUCGGCAGUUCUGCCGACGAUUCCGCGUCCGCCGCGCAGCCAUCGAGGCCUGGCUCAAGUUUCUCGCCGCCAAUCACCCUGGCUACAGAGACUUUACCCUUAACUACGACAAUCUCUCUCAGCUCCCCGAGGAUGGCAAUGUAUUUGACCAACUUACCAUCCAUGAGGUCAACGAUACAACGGGCGUACCUGCCGAUUUUGGCCCUGCUGAUGAAUCAGUUGAAGAGCCGGAGCCUGAAGAUGGUGAUGUUGUAGAUGAAGUUUAA